AUGGAGGUGACACAGCAAGGCGGUGCUCACGGCCAGGCGGGCCCCGGCGCCCCGCUGUCCCCGGCCUCCGCCGCCGCGGCCGCGCUGGCGAACGCGCGAUGGAAUCCGACCAAGGAGCAGGUCGCCGUGCUGGAGGGGCUGUACGAGCACGGCCUGCGCACGCCCAACGCGGAGCAGAUACAGCAGAUCACGGCCAGGUUGCGGGAGCACGGCCACAUCGAGGGCAAGAACGUCUUCUACUGGUUCCAGAACCACAAGGCCCGCCAGCGCCAGAAGCAGAAGCAGGACAGCUUCGCAUACUUCAGCAGGUUCUUCCGCCGGCCCCCGGCGCUGCCCAUGCUCACCAGGCUCCCCACGCCGCCUUACCCUUAUGGCCAGGUCCCGCCGCCGCAGGCGAUGGCUCCACUGCCUGCAUGCAACAACGGUGGUAAGCAUAUGAUGUACAGGGCGCCACGCUACAUGCCAGCGCCUCAGGCAUCCGCGGCAAAUGCUGCUUACUACCACCCACAGCAGAUGACAGCUCUGUACCCAAGAAUGGAGAUCGCCCAAGACAAGCAGAUGAUCCCGGCCGCGGCCCAGCCGCCGGCCGCCAUGUACCAGUCGGCAGCACCGAACAGCGCGAGCACCCCACUGCACGUGCUGCAUCACUUCCCGCCAGCCACCGGCGUCGACGGCGGGGCAGCGGAUCGCGUCGGCCCCAACCGCGAGACGCUUCAGCUGUUCCCACUCCAGCCCACCUUCGUGCUGCCCGACAAGGCAAGUGGCGCCAGCGGCGCCUCCCUGACGUCGGCGACGUCGACGCCGUCCAUUUCGCUUUCCGGGGAGUCCGAGAGCUUGGAGAGCCCGAACUCGAACGGCGAGACGCUACCGUUCUAUGACUUCUUCGGUGUUCAUUCUGGAGGCCACUGA